UCCUACGCACUCGGUGCGCAUGUAGCUCCGGACAAAUCCCGGCUUUUGUCAGUCCGGCUUUGGACAGCGAUGGGGGACUUACGGGUGACAGCCAAACUGAUAAGGGGCUCGCCGUCAUGUGCCCUGGUCAUCCUAGGAAUACUACUUCUGGCAACCACUGCUGAUGCGUGCGGCUUUGCCAGUCUGUGGAAGUGGUCCAGCCGGGAAAACAACCACCAUGUGGCGAAGAGAAGCAUGCCGCUGGAUGAUGUGUCUGAAUGGGGCACCUUUGUUCGGCAACCAGCAAAAGAAAAGAGGGACCAAGAUGAGCAGCUAACUGCAAACAGCGAACAGCGGCUGACCAAAGAACUGCAAGAUGUCCUGUGCCUGCCCGGCUGCGUCAAUGGCGACUGUAUCGGCAUGAACACGUGCCUGUGUCACGACGGUUACCAUGGAUACACCUGCGAAAACGCCCUUUGUAAUCCGGAGUGUAUGAACGGGGGUGUUUGCACAGCCCCCUACCAAUGUGAAUGUCAGACUGGCUACAAGGGGGACCGGUGUCAGACAGCUGUUUGCUCUCCCCCGUGUGAGAACGGGGGCGUCUGUACACAGCCUAACGUGUGCACAUGUCCGACUGGAUACAAAGGCAACCACUGUGCAACCCCUGUUUGUACGAAUGGUUGUCAGAACGAGGGACUCUGUGUCGCCCCUGAACGGUGUAGCUGCAAGGACGGCUGGGGCGGACAGACCUGUGAAAUUCCCACCUGUGACGAACCAUGUCUUCACGGAGGGACCUGCGUAGCACCUAAUCAGUGCGCAUGUGCGCAACAUUACGGAGGGACCAGGUGCCAAUACAGCUUGUUUGAAAAUGAUCACACGCAGCAGUUUGGAGCCGCCUCCACCCACCCCGGCCGCGUGUGUUCGGCCUGGAGCGGCAGGCACUUCCUGACGUUUGACGGGCGGUACUUCGACUUCCCCGCGCACGCCGACUGCAGCUACCUCCUGGCCGGAGACUGCAUGGACUAUGCCUUCAGCGUCAUGGUACGUGAGGAUGGGGAGUGUACCGUGGACAGAUGUACCCUCAGGAUCGACCUUCGCAUCAAGGACACGGACGUCACCAUACAGCACAAGGACGGGCACCAUGUGACUGUCAAUGACAAAAGGGUGGCGCUGCCGUACUCGUACCAGGGCAUCAACGUGGAGUCGACAGGCGCGUACGUCCGGCUGUACAGUGCGCUGGGCGUGAUGGUGUCGUGGGACGGGCAGGGGAGCGUGUACGUGGAACUGGACCCCGACCACCACAACAAGACCUGCGGCCUCUGCGGCAACUUCAACGGGAUCGAUGCUGAUGACUUCAGAUCAAGAUCAGGCGAACUGCUGCACAACACGAUGGAGUUCGGAAACAACUGGAGGAUGACGGGAGCGGAGGAGACCUGUCCGUUCGUCCCGUUCGACACGCCCGGAACUUGCGCAGGAGUACCGUCGGACGAUCUGCAGGAGUUUUUCCAGAUCUGCAGUGUUCUCUCGGAAAGCGCCGACUUCAGGCCCUGCCGAAACGCCAUGGACCCGACUCCGUACAUCCACGCAUGCGUGUCGGACCUGUGCAGCUGUGCCUACGAGUCACGUGACGAAUGCCUGUGUAGCGCGCUCACCCAGUACUCCCGCGCAUGCGCACACAGCGAGGUGGUCCUGUCCUGGAGAUCUCAAGAUUUCUGCUGGCACGAGUGUCCGGCGGGAAAGAUUCACGAGGAGUGCGGCACCGCCUGUCCGCGGACCUGCCGCAACCUGGACUCCAGCUACGCCUGCGCAGAACACUGCGUGGACGGGUGCUUCUGUCCGUCCGGCACGGUGCAUCAUGGCGACGCCUGCGUGCCGGGGGCGAACUGCAGCUGUCUGCACAACGGCAGGGAGUACCAGCCCGGCCAGACCACCAGACAGGGAUGCAACCAAUGCUUCUGUGAAGGUGGAAGGUGGACAUGUACAGAACACGACUGCCCAGCUACUUGCUCGGCUACCGGAGAUCCCCACUACGAGUCGUUUGACGGGCGGCGCUUCACGUUCAUGGGAGACUGUCAGUACGUGCUGGCCAAGGACUGUGGAAGCGGACUGUUCACCGUCUACACAGAAAACCUGCCCUGUGGGCUGGACUCGGCCGUCACCUGCACCAAGACCGCCACCAUCGUCCUGAAGUCCUCCGGGAAGAACGUCAUGGUGACGUUUCACCAGGGAGGGGCCGUCAGCGUGGCUAACGUCGGCGUCACACUGCCGUAUGUUCAAGAUGACAUCAUCAUCCAUCGCUCCUCGUCCAUGUUCGUGUCGCUGACGUCAUCGAUCGGCCUGAUCGUUGAGUGGGACGGCGAGACCCGGAUGUACGUCACCGUCAGCCCGGAGUUCAAGGGCAAAACGUGCGGACUUUGUGGAAACUUCAACGGGAACCAGAUGGACGACUUCACGGUGAAAGGUCUGCCCGAGACGUCCGUGGCGGCCUUCGGCAACAGCUGGAAGGCAAACGCAGACUGCCUGGACGUACCCAGGGACCAGAUCCUGGAGGCUUGUGCGGUGAACACACAAAGAGCUGACUACGCCGAUUCCAUGUGUGGCGUCAUCAACAGUCCCAUCUUUGCUGCCUGUCAUCUGGUUGUGCGACCAGACCCAUACUUCAAGGAGUGUCUGUUUGACGUGUGUGAGUGUGAGAUGGGGGAGAGGUGUCUCUGCUCCGCUGUGGCUAACUACGCGCGAGCCUGUGCCAAGAACUACGUCCCUGUGGAGUGGAGAUCACCAGAACUAUGCCCUGUUGAGUGCAGUGGCGGACAGGAGAUGCAGCAGUGUGGGUCCUCCUGUACGUCCACCUGCAGGUCCCUGUCUGACCCCAUCCAGGGGUGUGACGACGAGUGUGUGGAGGGAUGCAACUGUCCACAAGGAAUGUACCUGGAUGAGGAUGACAACUGUGUUCUCCCGUCGGAGUGCCCCUGUUACCACCACGGAGAACUCUACAGACCGAAUGAGGCCAUCCAUAGGAAGGGAUCAACAUGCUACUGCCAGGAUGGUGUCAUGGAGUGCUAUGAUUCCUCAGUCCAACCAACGGAUGACAAGGCUGUGGGAGGACUUCGCGAUCGAGAAGGUCGCUUUGCCAUGUGCAUACCGCCGUUCUUCUUCUUCAGCUGUUUUGCCAACCCUGGCUCCAAGGGCACAGAGUGCAGGGCGACAUGUCAGAACAUGCACAUCAUCGACCAGUGCAUCUCCAACCAGUGCAUCUCAGGAUGCAUGUGUCCAGGAGGUCUGGUACAGGUCGGCUAUGAGUGCGUCCUCCCCUAUGAGUGCCCUUGUUACCACAACGGACAAAGCUACCAAUCGGGAGAGACCAUUCAAAUGGACUGCAAUCAAUGUACGUGUCAGGGUGGAGACUGGCAGUGUUCUGCACAGGACUGCACGGGGACCUGCACCGCGUACGGACAGGCGCACCACAUCACGUUCGACGGGUUCCGCUACCAUUUCUACGGAACCUGCACUUACGAAUUCGCCACGGACUUCUGUGGUGGCAGGGAAGGAACCUUCCGCGUGCACAUACAGAACGAACUCUGCGGUUUGUUUGGAGCGACCUGCAUCAAGACUGUCACCAUCAAGUUACAAACUGUACAGAUCAUUUUCUACAAAGACCGACCGAGAGAGCCGGAGGUUCGCCCGUUGCCGGGUAUACACGACCCGUGCCUCAGUGUAACCUACAACUUUAGACGAGUUGGAUUUUUCCUGAUCCUGACGACCGACCAUGGUCUGACCGUGAUGUGGGACUUCGGAACCCGUGUGUACGUCAUGCUGGCCCCACAAUUCAGAGGAAAGGUGUGUGGUCUGUGUGGAAACUUUGACGGGAACCAGGCGAAUGACUUCACCACCAGGGCCCUGGACAUCGCCGUGCAGCCGGAGCAGUUCGCGGCCAGCUGGCAGGUGAACCCAUUGUGUGUGACAACCCUCAUGAAUGAAGAAGAGAAUGCCACCGCGUUAUGGCUCAGUCCAUGCCUGCUCAACCGCCACCGCGUCCCCUGGGCACGGCGACAGUGCGCCAUCAUACAUGCAGCUGUCUUCCAACCGUGCCAUUCCACGAUUGACCCCUAUCCUUGGUACGAAGCCUGUGUUGAUGACUCCUGUGCAUGCGACAUUGGAGGGGACUGUGAGUGCUUCUGUACCGCCGUGGCAGCAUACGCACAUGCCUGUGGAGAGGCUGGUAUCCCUAUCAGAUGGCGUACUCCAGAAUUGUGCCCCACACAGUGUGAAGACUACAAUACAGAGGAAGGUGACUGUGUCUGGCACUACCAUCCAUGCGGACAACCAUGUGCAGAAACCUGUCAGAACGAAGAAUGGCACGAAUGUACUCUACCGUGCCUCGCGGGUUGUCACCCCACCUGUCCAAACGGCACCUUGUUGAAUGAGUACACACGAGAGUGUGUUGAAGUGUGUCCUACAACAUUGCCUGUGAUACCGCAAACAUGUACAACCACCCCGCCAGUUGAAACUACAACUCCGACUUCAACCACACCAGGAACCACCACUCCAGGAACCACAACACCAGGAACCACCACUCCAGGAACCACUACUCCAGGAACCACCACUCCAACCACACCCACUACUACGACUUGCCCUCCUUGCUACGAGUACGGCAAUGUAAUACCGAGUGGAGAAUCAUGGAUCCGCGACUGUAAGAGCUGCACCUGCCAGUGUGGAGAAGUUUGGUGUGACCCUGUGCAAUGCCCAACGGUUCCAGAGCCUACAUGUCCAAACGGAGCCGAUCCGGAAUACGUGGAGGACCCUAACAACCCCUGCUGCACGAUUGCAAUAUGCGAAGGUAUGCCAAAGAAAGAAGCCAGACAACUUGCAUUUGGAGAAUAUGAAUCAGUACACUUAACAAUUUCUGUACAAUAUUUUUUCUUAUUGGUUAAUACUGGACUAUACACCACAAUCACCACUCCAGGAACCACCACUCCAACCACGCCAGAAUCCACCACUCCAACCACACCAGAAACCACGACUUCAACCACACCUUCAGUCCCCCCGACGACUUGCCCUCCUUGUUACGUGGACGGCAAUGCAAUAUGGAGUGGAGAAUCAUGGAUCCGCAACUGUAGGAGCUGCACCUGUCAGUGUGGAGAAGUCUGGUGUGACCCUGUGUCAUGUCCAACGGUUCCAGUGCCUUCAUGUAUAAACGGACAAACACUGAUAUACGUGGAUGACCCUGACAACCCCUGCUGCACGAUUGGAAUAUGCGAAGGAACCACUACUCCAACCACACCAGAAUCCGCCACUCCAACCACACCAGAAACCACGACUUCAACCACACCUUCAGUCCCCCCGACGACUUGCCCUCCGUGUUACGUGGACGGCAAUGCAAUAUGGAGUGGAGAAACAUGGAUCCGCAACUGUAGGAGUUGCACCUGUCAGUGUGGAGAAGUUUGGUGUGACCCUGUGACAUGUCCACCGGUUCCAGUGCCUUCAUGUAUAAACGGACAAACACUGGUAUACGUGGAGGACCCUGACAACCCCUGCUGCACGAUUGGAAUAUGCGAAGGAACCACCACUCCAACCACACCAGAAACCACCACUCCAACCACACCAGAAACCACGACUUCAACCACACCUUCAGUCCCCCCGACGACUUGCCCUCCGUGUUACGUGGACGGCAAUGCAAUAUGGAGUGGAGAAACAUGGAUCCGCAACUGUAGGAGUUGCACCUGUCAGUGUGGAGAAGUUUGGUGUGACCCUGUGACAUGUCCACCGGUUCCAGUGCCUUCAUGUAUAAACGGACAAACACUGGUAUACGUGGAGGACCCUGACAACCCCUGCUGCACGAUUGGAAUAUGCGAAGGAACCACUACUCCAACCACACCAGAAUCCACCACUCCAACCACACCAGAAACCACGACUUCAACCACACCUUCAGUCCCCCCGACGACUUGCCCUCCUUGUUACGUGGACGGCAAUGCAAUAUGGAGUGGAGAAACAUGGAUCCGCAACUGUAGGAGUUGCACCUGUCAGUGUGGAGAAGUUUGGUGUGACCCUGUGACAUGUCCACCGGUUCCAGUGCCUUCAUGUAUAAACGGACAAACACUGGUAUACGUGGAGGACCCUGACAACCCCUGCUGCACGAUUGGAAUAUGCGAAGGAACCACUACUCCAACCACACCAGAAUCCACCACUCCAACCACACCAGAAACCACGACUUCAACCACACCUUCAGUCCCCCCGACGACUUGCCCUCCUUGUUACGUGGACGGCAAUGCAAUAUGGAGUGGAGAAACAUGGAUCCGCAACUGUAGGAGUUGCACCUGUCAGUGUGGAGAAGUUUGGUGUGACCCUGUGACAUGUCCACCGGUUCCAGUGCCUUCAUGUAUAAACGGACAAACACUGGUAUACGUGGAGGACCCUGACAACCCCUGCUGCACGAUUGGAAUAUGCGAAGGAACCACUACUCCAACCACACCAGAAUCCACCACUCCAACCACACCAGAAACCACGACUUCAACCACACCUUCAGUCCCCCCGACGACUUGCCCUCCUUGUUACGUGGACGGCAAUGCAAUAUGGAGUGGAGAAACAUGGAUCCGCAACUGUAGGAGCUGCACCUGUCAGUGUGGAGAAGUUUGGUGUGACCCUGUGACAUGUCCACCGGUUCCAGUGCCUUCAUGUAUAAACGGACAAACACUGGUAUACGUGGAGGACCCUGACAACCCCUGCUGCACGAUUGGAAUAUGCGAAGGAACCACCACUCCAACCACACCAGAAAUCACCACUCCAACCACACCAGAAACCACGACUUCAACCACACCUUCAGUCCCCCCGACGACUUGCCCUCCUUGUUACGUGGACGGCAAUGCAAUAUGGAGUGGAGAAACAUGGAUCCGCAACUGUAGGAGCUGCACCUGUCAGUGUGGAGAAGUCUGGUGUGACCCUGUGUCAUGUCCAACGGUUCCAGUGCCUUCAUGUAUAAACGGACAAACACUGGUAUACGUGGAGGACCCUGACAACCCCUGCUGCACGAUUGGAAUAUGCGAAGGAACCACCACUCCAACCACACCAGAAACCACCACUCCAACCACACCAGAAACCACGACUUCAACCACACCUUCAGUCCCCCCGACGACUUGCCCUCCUUGUUACGUGGACGGCAAUGCAAUAUGGAGUGGAGAAUCAUGGAUCCGCGACUGUAAGAGCUGCACCUGUCAGUGUGGAGAAGUUUGGUGUGACCCUGUGUCAUGUCCAACGGUUCCAGAGCCUACAUGUCCAAACGGAGCCGAUCCGGAAUACGUGGAGGAUCCUAACAACCCAUGCUGCAGGAUUUGGCAAUGCCCAGCAACCACUCCAGGAACCACCAUUACAACCACACCAGAAACCACCACGCCAACCACACCAGAAACCACCACUCCAACUACAACAGAAACCACCACUCCAACCACACCAGGAACCACCACUCCAACCACACCCACGACGACUUGCCCUCCUUGUUACGUCAACGGCAAUGCAAUACCGAGUGGAGAAUCAUGGAUCCUUGACUGUAAGAGCUGCACCUGUCAGUGUGGAGAAGUUUGGUGUGACCCUGUGUCAUGUCCAACGGUUCCAGAGCCUACAUGUCCAAACGGAGCCGACCCGGAAUACGUGGAGGAUCCUAACAACCCAUGCUGCAGGAUUUGGCAAUGCCCAGAAAUCUCGACCCCAGGAACCACGACUUCAACCAUACCAGGAACUACCACUCCAGGAGCCACGACUCCAACCACUCCAGGAACUACCACUCCAGGAACCACCACUCCAACCACACCAGGAACUACCACUCCAACUACUCCAACCACACCAGAAACCACUCCAACCACACCAGGACCAACCACAACCACCCCAGGAACCACCACUCCAACUACAACAGAAAGCACAACAACAACAGAAGGCACCACAACAACAGAAGGUACCACAACAACAGAAGGUACCACAACUACCGUCUCAACGGAAGGCACCACACCUACAAUCUCAACUACUACGACUUCAACCACACCAGAAACCACCACUCCAGGAACCACCACUCCAGGAACCACAACUCUAACCACACCCACGACGACUUGCCCUCCUUGUUACGUGAACGGCAAUGCAAUAGCGAGUGGAGAAUCAUGGACCAGCAGUAUCACCUCCUGUACUACCUGCACCUGUGUGUGUGGAGAAAUUUGGUGUGAGCCAUUACAAUGCCCAGCGGUGACAGUGCCUGAGUGUGUCAACGGAGCCGAUCCGGAAUACGUGGAGGAUCCUGACAACCCCUGCUGCAGGAUUUGGCAAUGCCCGUGCGACUGCUUCCUGUAUGGUGAGCCUCAUUACUCAACAUGUGACGGCAGGAGAUUCUCUCACCAAGGAAACUGCACCUACCUGAUGGCCAAACCGAUUGGUUCAGACGAAUUUGAGAUUUGGGCCCAGAACUUCCCUUGCACCAAACCUUACGGGGCGAUUGCAACCUGCACCAGGAGCGUCACUGUGCAUUACGGAGGGUUCCAGGUGGAACUUGGCAGAACUGGAUGGGUGAUAGUGAAUGGCCAACCAUUGAGGCCUCCUGUGAACGUCGGCGGAAUGACCAUCACCCGACACGGCUACCACACCAUGCGUUUGGUCAUCGACGCCCUCGGCGUGGAAGUCAACUACAUUGAGCUGAACUACAUCGCCUCCAUCUACAUCCCACCAGAAUUUUUCGAAGACAUUGAGGGUCUUUGUGGUUUCUAUGACAACGACCAGUCGAAUGACUUGACCCUGACGGACGGCACCGUGACGACCGACACUGAAGAGUUCGGCUAUGAUUGGCUGGUUGAAGGAGAGUUGGAGGACUGCUACGUCAACCACACAGACUGCGUACUCGGCAACACAACAACACCCACGGCAUGCGACAUCCUACUCAGCGACGUAUUUGAGCCCUGUCACGACUUGGUUGACUACCACCAGUUCCUGGAGGACUGUGAGUAUGACGUGUGUUUGGAGACGUCGCCAUGUUGGACCAUCACUGCCUACGCCAUGGCGUGCCUGAGCCACGGCGUGUGUAUCGACUGGAGGGAACUUGUACCAGAAUGCCCAUCCGAGUGUCCCCCGGACAGAAUCUACACCCCAUGCGCGACCGAGUGUCCCGAAACCUGCCAGCACCAAACUAUCACGUGCGGCACAGGCUUCAUGGAGGACUGCGCAUGCCCGGACGGCUAUGUCUUGGAUGUGACGACAGGAGACUGCAUUCUCAGUACUGACUGUGCUUGCGUGGAUCAUAAUAACGUCCCGCACCAGCCCGGGGAGACAUGGUACGAGGGGCCCUGUCGUGUCUGCACGUGUAAUGAGACCCUCAGUGGUGAUUACAUAGAGAUCUGCCACGACAUCACCACCUGUCCGACUUCCUGCCCUCCGUGUUACACCCUGGUGAACAGCCCGGGGACGUGUUGUGGUGAGUGCGUUCCGACCUCGUGUUGUGAGCAAACCAGCAGUGGCGUCAUCAUCGAUCAUGCUGUUAACUCAACCUGGUCUCCGGGUGGCGACCCAUGUGAAGUGUGUGAAUGUCGGGAGAUGCCCACCACGGGUGAAGCCUUCGAGAUCUGCUCCACCAUCACAUGCCCUGCACCCCCAGCAUGUCCUCACGGAGAACUUGUGGAGGAACCCACUGACGGAUGUUGCCCGACCUGGCGCUGUGACAUCCCGGAAGGUGUCUGUGUCCGGUACGAGAACCAGACUGAGCUGACGGUGGGCGGCUGCACCAGUGCCAAACCAGUCUCCAUCUCCUGGUGCGAAGGAAGGUGCCCCAGCGGGUCUCACUAUCAUCCAGAGACCAACUCCUUUGAGCAGUAUUGUUCGUGUUGCGGGCCGGCCGAGACAGAGACCAAACCCGUGUACCUGUCAUGCUCCGACGGAUCAGUGCAGACUCACUACAUCACCAACGUGGUCAGCUGUGACUGUAGCCCUGAUAACCAGAGAUGCUAAGGGACCGAACCAACCACAGAGUUGGCGUGGUACCCCUUUCCAAGUUCCCUUGUUUUUCCCACAAGCGCUUUGCUGGCCUUUGCUGCUUCACUUAUAUCUUUUUAAAAUCACCUAUUUUCAUAAUUGCAUUAGCCUACAUCAUAAUAUAACCAUAUCAGAGAUAUUGCCUAUUGGAUUGCCGUUUAUGUUCAGUUAAAAAGUGCACAAUGUGAAGGGCUAAUAGCCCUGUUUUCAGAUUUGCAAGUUGUGCCAACGUUUGAUUUCUAUUACACACUUAUACUUAAUUCUCAUGGUGUUUGCGACUGUAUGAGAAUCAAUCUACUGUCUUAGCAAACAAAAAACAGUCCAAUUGAACAAACACACUGAUGUUAAAUGAAUGAAUGUAGUGUUCAAGCAUAGUGAUAAUAAAGACCUAUAUAGGGUUUUGUGUAUCAGAAAUCCAGCAACCAGACGGGCGAAACACAUGUAACGUAAACCCUGUAGUCACUUUGUGAGGAUAUGAUUAUUUAUAAUUCAAAUAUGGUCUUGUACCUUGACGUCUUAUACUACUUUAUCUGGUGUUAUGAGUGUUAUAUGAUAAGUAUAACAGGUUUGUGGUUUUGCUUCAUUUAUGCGCAAAUAAAGCCUUUCAGCUUCAUGAUGA